AUUGAUUGGACAAUUGGGUCAGAGUUGCUGUGUGUGAAUCAAAACUUCGACAUCACGGUGGGAGGGACAUCACACCAUUUACUUAGUAUCCGAAUACUGCGAUAUAUUUAAGAAACUUCUUAACCUUUUGAUCUUAAGGACCUGAACCUAGUCCUUGUAUCCCCGCAAUUUCAACUGGUCAGUGUUUAAUUAACCAAUAAUAAUCAGCCAUUAUUAAUAGUCUGCAGAAGGAAACAGGUCGUAUUGCUCUGUAAGUCUCCUCAUUCAUUUCCAUUUCUCAUCCAAAUCAACAUUCACAGGGUACAGAGAGAGAGAGACAAAGAUGCUAUCCCUUCUAGCAACUUCAUCUUUCCCGUGGAAGAGACCGAUUGAUCCGUCUUUUCAUCGGAUUAACUCUCCAGAGCGGUUUCCUGGUCUGAAGCGACCGAUCAACCUGUCCUUCUAUCAAAUUAACUCUCCAGAGCGGUUUCCUGGUCGGUUUUCUCGACCGAUCAGAAUGGGGCAGAUCCCUUCUUUGUCCUCUACGUCGAAGAACUCUCUUCCUGCCGCAGACUACGAGGUCUUUAUCAACUUCAGAGGCUCCGACAUCCGCUACAAUUUUGCGGAUUCUCUCUACAAGUUCCUUGAUCAUUAUGGGAUCCGCACCUUCUUCGACACGGAUCAGCUGCCCAAGGGGGAGAAGUUCGACGACAAGCUCAUCAAGUCCAUCGAAGAAUCCAAGAUCUACAUACCGAUCUUUUCCCCGAACUAUGCUACUACUAUUCUCCCUCUCAUGGAGCUGGCUCACAUGGUGAAGUGCUGUAAGAAAGGGAAGGGGCACAUCAUGCUUCCCAUAUUCUAUAUGGUGAGCACCGAGGACGUGAAGAAUCAAACGGGUGAAUUCGGGGAAUCAUUUCGACGGAUAGCUGGGGAAAAGGAUGCAGAGACAAGAGCUGAAUGGGAGGAAGCUCUUCAAACGGUCUCGGAUUUACAGGGAUGGACGGUUAAUAAGUCAACUAGGCAGGGAGUUCUUUUUGAAAAAGUUUUCUCUAAGGUGAGAUCACUUCUGAUGGAGAAUUACAAGUUAGUCACGAGUAAGUUGGUUGAAAUUGAACCUCACGUAGAGCAAGUGAAGGGACUACUAAGCAAAGGUGUGAAAAUUGUCGGCAUUCAUGGUAUGAGCGGGAUUGGUAAAACAAACAUAGCCAAAGCUGUCUACGACAACGUUUCUGGAAAAUUUGAUCGAUGCUGCUUUGUUGAAGACGUGCGAGAAAUAUUGUCAGGGAAGGAUGGGGUUGUGACUUUACAAAACAAGAUUUUAUCCGACAUUCUAAGGCAUGAUACCAAGGUGCGAGAUGCCAGUCAAGGAAUCCAAGUAACAAAAGACAGAAUUUGUUGUUUGAGCAGCGUUCUCAUCGUUCUUGACAAUGUAGCUCAGGGGUUCGAGUUUGAACAGAUCUUGGGAGAUUUGAAGGAUUUUUCCUCGAAUAGUCGAUUUAUUAUUACGAUGACGGAUCUUAGAGUUAUAGAUCCGUUCUCUAGAGAAUGUGAGCCGUACUCGGUAGAGGAAAUGCAUGAUGACAUCGCCCUUAAACUCUUCAGUAGACAUGCAUUUGGAUUUGAUGAUCCUCCCCCAGAGUACAUGUCCCUAUCUAAUCACUUUGUAAAAGUUGCAGCAGGACUUCCUUUGGCUCUGACGGCCAUAGGUUCACUACUUCACCGUAAAGAUAAAAGCUUUUGGGUGGCAAAGUUGAAUCAGUUGCGAGACAUACCUGCUGACAAGGUGGAGGAGAAAUUGGAGAUCGUCUUAAUGGAUGCGACGCCCGAUGAACAACAGAUUUUUCUUGAUAUUGCUUGUUUUUUUAAUGGAGAGCACUAUGAUCGACCAUUCUACUUGUGGAGUGACUCCAACUUACAUCCGCUAGUAGCGGUUGAGUCUCUUUGUCUCAGGUCAUUGAUAAAAAUCAACGAGAGAAAGGAAUUCUGGAUGCAUGAGCAGUAUAAAAUUCUUGGUAGAUCUAUUAUUCGUAAGGAGAACGUCAGAAAUCCAUGGAAGCGCAGCAGGAUAUGGUCCAACGAGGAUGUGGUGGACAUGUUAAGACAUAAAGAGGGAACUGAUGAGUUGGAAAUUCUGAAAGUUGACAUGGAAGACAAUGAGUUUGAGCUGACAGAUGCAGAAUUCAAGAAACUAUCUGGCUUGAAAUAUCUAGAGGUGAGGAAUGGAAGACUGGGUGGACAUUUCAAAGACAUGUUUCCACAAUUACGCUGGCUUCGAUUGGAUAACUGUAGUUCAAUCCCCAUUGGUCUUAGCUUGAAGGAAUUGGUAAUCUUUGAUCUUUGCUCUUGCCCUAUCACGGAUGACUGGGAAGGCUGGAACGAAAUUCAGGUGGCACCCAAUUUGAAAGUCGUGGAUGUAUCGUCUUGUCUGAAGCUAAGUGCAGUUCCCGACUUGUCUCGGUGUCGAAGUCUAGAGCAUUUAAUUCUCCAGGACUGUCAUCAGAUGAGAGGGGAGCUGCACGUUGGUAAUUUCGAGAAUCUCAAAGUGUUGAAGCUCAGGUUUUCCAAAAUAAACAAGUUAAGAGGUGACAUUGGAAGGCUUCAGAAUCUCCAGGAGAUUGAUGCAGGGUUUUCCGAUCUGGCAGAAGUGCCUGCGGGUAUUGGCAAGUUAUCCUCGCUUACAAAGCUGGGCCUGAGACGUAUCAGGUCGAAAGAAGUGCCCGUGCUGCCUCGCGGCUUGAAGGUUCUACACGUCUCAUCCCCACGGGUUCCCAACCUCUCGGAGCUUGCGGACUUGGAGGAGCUAAGUUUUUCCUAUUGUGAUGGCCCUGAAAUUCCAGCAGAUGCAGUGUGGAAGCUGUCCAAGUUGAAGACCCUGAGGCUGCUACACUGCUCUUGUGAUCGUCUCCCUCAUGCCCUCCCAUCUUCGUUAAACACACUCAGGAUCAAUGACUGCAGGUCAUUGGAGGUACUGCCAGAUCUAUCGAACCUAAGUCUCUUGACGGAGCUGGUUUUGAGCGAGGUUGGAGUGCAGGAGGUCGUUGGUCUUGGAGAGUUGAGCAUGCUGAAAACUUUGAAUAUAUCUAACGCUCCAAAUCUGGUUCAUCUCAACGGCCUUGAGCAGCUAGUGCUCCUCAAGACGCUGCGUCUACUAAGCUGCGAUGUGCUCGGAACACAGCCCGCGGGUGCCCUCAUCCCUGAAAUCCCGGGCCUGUAUCGAAUUGGGGAGUUGUCUUUAGUUGAUCUGACAGUCAGUGACUGCCCCAUAAUAACGAGCGUUCUGCUCUCCCUGUCAAAGUUUGCUAAACUAAAACAGCUAGCCUUGGAAGACUUCGGAACCCACGAUAUCGACUAUGGCUUCUUGUCACCUGAUCAGCUAGUCCUCGACGUGUCCACCCUCCAGGAUAUGGAGCGACUGUGCAUCGUCGGGUGCAAGCACGUUACCGAGGUCCAGGGGCUCGAGAGACUGGAGCAGCUGCGAGACAUCAGGCUGUGGAACUUCACGUCAAUCAAGAAGCUGCCUGGCCUUUCGGGUCUGAAGAAUCUAAUGUCUUUGGAGAUUCGCGGGUGCGCCGAAUUGAGCGAGGUUACAGGGCUCGAGAAUCUGGAGUUGCUGGACCGGCUCGUCAUGGACAGAUGCACGUCGAUGAAGGAGCUCCCGAGGUUGUUCAAGAAUGUACGCUUCUUGGAAGUCAGUUACUGCGGGCAGCUGGCCGAGCUGACGGGGCUCGAGAAGGUGGAGGGAUUGGUGUCUCUGAAGCUGCUUCAUUGCGCGUCGAUUGCCAAGUUGCCGGAUCGAUCCUGUUUCGGUAAAUUGGUUCUCUGGCGUGUUUCGCCGGAGUUGGUUGAAGCCCCUGGAAAUGAGGGUUGGUUGGACUUGGAGUAGUCGUCAUUCCGGCGGAAGGAAUUCUUAUUCUACCGUUGAUAGUAGUAGACCCCUUUCAUUUCUGAAUAGAAAUAUAGAAGAUGUAUCAUUCGGCGUAAUUGCAUGUAUGUAUCUUUUCAUGUUGGGCGAUUUGGGCUUUCUUCCUAACAUUGCUCAAACGGCGUGUUGAAACGAUAUUGGGCCGGGCUUUAUUUUGGUCCAAAGAUCUGCUGCGCAAACCCAAGCCCAACCGCGAUGAAUCGGUUGGAAGCCGCUACGCGGGCGGGGACACGAACUGCGAAUGUGGACGGCGGGUAGCCGGUUUCUCGAACUACAUUAGGGGAUGCUCAAUCCGGCAAGUGGAGGUGGGAAUCAGAUUCGGCGAUGGCGGUUACGCUUAUCGACGGGGGGAAUCAUCCCUUCAGGCGAAGGGCCUGGGUUUUGCUCGAUUGCUCAGGCUAACCAGGUCGCCGAUAUGCUUGCUUUCUUGGGUCGUCAAUGCACCGAAGGGGAAGAGGACUACUUUCUUUCACAUCCUCUGGCAGAAGUUCUGCCAAUUUUGGGGACUGAUCAUCGAAGGGCCGUCGUGCGUAGUAGCCCAGCCGUUUAUUGCUAAAUAUGUGAGGCUGCAAAUCAAGUAGGAAGUUGACGUAUCCAUCUGUUCUUAGAAAUCUGGAGGAAUUUCGAUUAUUGAUUGUUGCGCUCAGUUGACCGAGGUUACGAUACUUGAGAGUUCAGAGUCGUCGAGAUCACUCAGCACGAUGGAUUGCUCAUCGAUUUUCCCAGUUUCCAGAUUUAUUUUGAGAGACUCUCGGAUCUGGAUUCAUUGUGGAGUAGUGGGUGCUGUAGAUGUUGGAUUGCGCUCAAAUUACCGAGUACGUCAGGCUGCAGGUCAGUCGAGGAGAUGCCAGGUUUAUCUGGUUUAGAGAAUAUGGUUACUUUAGGUAUCAGUGAAUGCAUUCAGUUAACUGGGGUGGUGGGACUUGAAAACUUGGGAAUCAUUAGCGAGACCUGAAGAUGGCAGAUUGUGCGUCGGUUAAGCAGUUGCCUGAUCUAUCUGGUUUGAAGCAUUGGCUGAAGUUUCCUGGAAUUGAGAACUUGGAGGGGUUGGUGAUGACGUGUUGAAAUCGUCAACAAGAUUAGGUAAAAUUGGAGCAAGAGCAACCAUACGACGCGGAGGUUAAUAAUCAAUUCUUGGUUGUUGGUGUGCCUAUGCUGUGCAUUUUCUCUUGAUAUUCAUACUUGACUUGCUUGUAUUCUUCCAGAGGUCACUGUUUGCAUUUCUUUUGAUAUUCAUUAUUGACUUGAUUUUAUUAUUUCAGUGGUCAUUGUUUGCAUUGCCUUUGAUGGUCACGGUUACUUUUAGUUAGCCAUUCGUUGUUUAGCUGUUGCUUUCGGUGGUAAUUGUUUACAUUUUCUGUUAUUUAGCUGUAACUAGUCAUUGGUACUCAAUUUUCUCUGCUCUUCAUUCACCACCUGCUCAUUCCUACAUCACAAAAAGUAGAGCGUUUGUGAUCAAUUCCCAAAGUGGCUGCCCGAUCUAUCUGCUUUAAAGCACCUGUGGAAGUUGAAUAUUACGCGAUGCAAUCAGUUGAUUGAAGUCAUUGCCAUUGAGAGAUUGGAGUCCUUAGAUAUCCUAACGCUUGAUGAAAGGCUAAAGACGCGUAAGAAGAGUAAAAAGAGGGUAAAAACGAAGCAUUGAAAUCAAUGCAGUUCAGUGUUCUUCUAUAUCAGGUGCGUUCUGAGUGACUAACUAAUUUCUUGAGCCAAGAAUCCUUUGAACAUGGGUGCAAGGUGAAAAGACCGGUAUUGAGUUCUCAUGGGGCUGAGAUAUGGUGAAAAAGGGUCAUCACCAAGACUACUCGUAAUCUAUCUGGUCUUACAAAUCUGGAGGAACUGAGGAAUAGAUUAUUGAUGAGAGCACACCGGUUUUCUAAACAAAAAGUUUGGAAAAUCAAGUUUCAGCAGCUGUAACAUUAUUGCA